AUGUCCCAUCUCACAAUUGCCCUUCGAUCUCUGUUGGCCCUCACCACACUCCAAAGCACAUCCUUCUUCCUCGGAGCUCUCAAAAUUAAAAUCAAACAAUGGCUCAUGUUUAAUUCGUGUGCAGUUGCCAAUUAUUCAUUACUUGCUGCCUUGGCUUCUUCACAUGUUUUAGAUGAAAACUAUUCGAGAAUGAUGGUACAUGCUAGCUUACCUGGAUUGAUGUAUUAUGGAGGAUUGGGAUUAGUGGUUUUCCCGUGGAAACUUGGAAUGAAUUUAAUUCCUCAAUUUUCACAUUUGAUCAUGAGUGCCAAUGUUCUGAUGGAAUUGAACAAGACAUUGGCAGUUGGAGAUUUUGAGAAUGCAUUUAAGGGAACCAUGUUGGGUUUAUUGUUUUGGUUACCUUUCAUUUUCAUUCAGAAUAAGUACUUGUAUUCACAUCAGGAGGAAGCAAGUGAAAUUUUAUGGAAUCCAGAAGAAAGAAUGAAAAAGAUGGGCAUUAUCAAGUCUGAAUAAUCGAGUGGAAACACAAAAUUCAAGAAUGUUUCAUGUAAAUUUAUCAAAAUAAACCAGAAUCAAAGAAUUUGACCC